GUUGGUUUUUUGUUCAGCAAUCUCAUUUUAAUUGAAUUGGUUUGACGAAUGGAUCCAAAUUACUCCGAUCUUUCUGCAUGGAACUUAAACAAUCCCCAGCAACCUAAUGCAGGUUAUCCUGGAAUGCCUUCUGGAGGAUAUCCUGGAAUGACUUCAGGAGGAUAUCCGGGAUAUCCUGAUUCGUCAGGAGGUUUCACAAAUUCAAACGCAAGUGGGUAUCCAGGAGCACCAUAUGGAGGAUAUUCUGAUCUGCCCUCAGGAGGUUUUACAAAUCCAAACACAUCAGUAUAUCCAGGAUCUACAAUAGGUGGAUUCACUGAACAACUAGGUGCAAGUUUUAAUAACAUACCAUGCUCUGCACCGGGUGGAUUUCCUGAUCAACGUUUAAACAAUCCAACUGCUUCAUUUCCAACACAACCAGGUUAUACAAAUCCUUCUUAUGGAAAUACUGCUCCUACUGCACCAUAUUUACCAGGUACACCCGCCUUUCAAAUGGAUUAUGCAAGUCAAAUGCCAAAUUCUUAUAUUCCUGGCAAUCCUGGUUUGCAAAAUCCACCAACAAAUUAUGGUAAUCCAACUGUACCAGCAUCAGGUGGAUUUUCGUUUGUUGGUGACUCAAUGAGCACAAGUCAACAAUCCGUCUAUCCAAUGUUUAAUGAUUUUCCUACUCCUAUCUCAUCUCAGACGAAUGAUUUUUCCGGUACAUCAAGAGUAUUCGGUUUUGCUGAAUCAGCUCCACACGAAGAUAUAAUGGAGCCAACAUUAAGAGCAGCAUCUGAUUUUUGUGUUGAACGAGACUGUGAACGUUUAAAAAAAGCUAUGGCUGGAUUAGGAGCAAAUGAAAAAGAAAUUAUUGAAGUAAUGGGUCAUCGAUCUGUUGAUCAACGUGUUGCAAUUGUACAAAAAUAUAAAUCAAUGUAUGGAAAAGAUUUAUUUGCUAAAUUUAAAUCUGAAUUACAUGGACAUUUAGAAGAUUGUGUCGUUGCAUUGUGUUAUUCACCAGCAGAACUUGAUGCAUUAGAACUUCGUAGAGCAAUGAGAGGAGCUGGUACUGAUGAAGAUGCAUUGAUUGAAAUUCUUUGUUCAAGAACAAAUGAACAAAUUAAAAGAAUUAAAGAUAUAUAUCCAAGAUUAUUCAAUGGACGUAACUUAGAAAAAGAUGUCGAAAACGAUACUACACGUCAUUUUAAACGUAUAUGUAUCGCUUUACUACAAGCGAACAGAGAUGAAUCUACAUUUGUAGAUAAUACACUUGCACGAAGAGAUGCAGAAGAUUUGUAUAGAGCAGGAGAACAAAAAAUUGGAACAGAUGAAUCAAAAUUCAUUCAUAUCUUGGUUACACGAUCAUAUGCUCACUUACGAGCUGUGUUCAACGAAUAUACAUCACUUGGUAAGCGUAAUAUGGAAGAUGCUUUAAAAUCAGAAAUGCAUGGGCAUACAUUGAGUGCUUUACUCUCUAUUGUUCGUUGUAUACAAAAUAAACCACGAUAUUUUGCAGCAAAAUUAUUAAAAGCUAUGAAGAGUGCCGGAACAGAUGACAGAACUCUUAUUCGCAUUGUUGUAUCUCGUUGUGAAGUUGACAUGGGACAAAUUAAAAGAGAAUUCCAUAGUUUAAAAGGGAAAACACUAGAAGCAUGCAUACAUGAUGAAACAUCAAGAGAUUAUCGUCGUUUAUUAUUGGCACUUAUUGGAGCAUGAUCUCAUUGACUAUAAUAUAUAGAACAUGAUUAUUUAUUUGCACUUGAGUAAAGCUGUCAGACAAUAAUAAAAUUAAUUAGUAGUAAUAAAAGUAUUGGAAUUUUUUUAAAGGAGUUUCCUUAUUGCUACAACUGUUUACUUUAAUCAACAAAAGAGUAAUCUACUAACUAAAUGUAACAAAAAUUAUGCUGUGAAAAGAAAAUACUUUUACUAUUCAUUUAUCGUUUUAUCUAAUAACCUAAU